AGACUGCAAGUAAAGUCUUGUAAAUGCCGGUAUUACAAUUUUUAUAGGUACGUAAUUUUAAACAGAAUUAAUUUGAAGCAAUGGCUUUAAUUGCGCAUAUAAAUCCACCUGAAGAUGGUCUAAUUUACACUGCUAAUAAUACCAAGUUAAAAAUUGGAGAAAAAAUUGUUGGAAAAGGAACAUUAUAUAUAAGCCAAAAUUCAUUAGGAUGGCAAGCUGAAAAUAUGAGCGAAGGUAUUUCCAUACUAUGGAAACAAAUCAGCGUACAUGGGAUAUCCUCAAUACCAUGCAAAUGUAUAUAUUUUAUGUUAGAUCAUAAUCUUGAAUGGCGAGGUGUAUACGAUAAAGACACGAGGGCGUCUGUUCGAAAUAUUAAUCUGAAUGGUAAUGUAGAUGCCGCAGAAGUUGCCCACCAGAUAAAUGGAGAAAUUAUUGCCAUGGAACAACAAUUAGAUGAUGAAAGAAAUGUGGAUGUAGAUGAAGGGAAUGUUACAGAUGAUGAAGGCGAUAUCACUGAUGACCAUUUGACUGAGUGUUGGAUUCUUCCAGAUGACGUGAAUACUGUUGAUAUCAUAUUUCAGGCAAUGACUGAGUGCCAAGCCCUUCAUCCAGAUUCUGCUGACAGUCUUUCUGAAGAAAGUGAUUUUAUGGAUGAUGAUGAUGAUGACGGGAAUAAUCUUGAAAAUGGCCCCGUACUUGUUGGAAAUGGUGCAAGAGAUGACGCUGAAGAUGCACAAGGUGGUAUACGUAAUUUAAAUUUAAAUGAUGAGCGUUUUGCUGAUGCAGAUGAGUAGACACUACUUUUCAUAAAUAAAACUAAGUUAUAGAGUAAA